UUUGUCCACCAAAUGGAAUGAGAUUAUCAGGUUCAGAAAUUUCUGCAGUCAUAUUUCAAAUCGACAGAAUGAAGAUGUGCUCAACUCUUCUCCUUAUGGGUAUGCUUUAUGGCUCCAUGUUAGUUCAAGGAAGUAUUCUGGGUGGAAAAGUUGACCCUGAAGCCUCUCUGAAUGCUAAAGAACUCAUUCAGUAUUGGCAGUACCCCUGUGAGGUUUACGAUGUUGUGACAGAAGAUGGAUAUGUCUUGACCAUCUUCAGAAUUCCACAUGGCAGAAUAAAUGACACCACUGAAAGUCCAAAGCCAGUGGUGUUUCUCCAACAUGGCUUGCUUGUAGAUGCAGCCAACUGGUACCAGAAUUUCCCCCAUAGCAGUCUAGCUUUCAUGUUAGCUGAUGCUGGCUAUGAUGUUUGGCUAGGAAAUAGCCGAGGAACCAGCUGGUCCCAAAAACACAUUUCUCUUUCACCCACGUCAAGGAAGUUUUGGGCAUUCAGUUAUGAUCAUAUGGCUAAAUAUGAUCUGCCAGCAUCAAUUGAUUUUGUUCUGCGGCACACUCAACAGAGACAACUAUAUUAUAUCGGCCACUCACAAGGAACAACCAUUGCUUUUAUAGCUUUUUCUACCAAUCCUCAAUUGGCUGCCAAAAUCAAGAUAUUUUUUGCCCUAGCACCUGUUGCCACAGUUAAGCAUGCAAAAACGCCUUUAACAAAGCUUUCCAUACUUCCCGAUUUUCAAAUCAAGGAGCUGUUUGGAGCUAAAGAAUUUUUGCCGAAAAGCUAUUUUCGUUCCACAGCUGCUGCUGGAUUUUGUAGCCGAAAUGCACUUGUAUCCAUAUGUAGCAACCUCUUGUUCAUAUUGUGUGGAUUCAAUGAGAACAACUUAAAUAUGAGCCGAGUAGAUGUGUAUGUAUCGCAUGCCCCAGCUAGCACAUCUGUUCAAAAUAUUAUCCAUUGGAAACAGGCAGUCCAUGGAGGUAAACUUCAAGCUUUUAAUUAUGGAUACCGAGAAAAUCAAAUUCAUUACCACCAGGCUACACCACCUGAAUACAAUAUAACAGACAUGAAUGUGCCAACUGCCCUUUGGAGCGGUGGAAAGGAUUGGCUUUCUGGCCCUUCUGAUGUUGCUACCCUAAUCCCCAAAAUCAAGAAACUAAUCUUCCACCAGCAUUUUCCUGAAUGGAACCAUCUGGAUUUUGUGUUUGGUAUGGAUGCAUCUGAAAAAAUGUAUUAUCCCAUCAUUGCAUUGUUAGAGAAGAAUCCCUAAUCAUGUUUAUUACUUCAAAUAAAGAGUUCAUGUGGCUUUUUUGUCU